UCUCUCUCUCUCUCUCCCUCUACACCUUUUCCUUUCGCUAAAACCCUAAUGAUUUCUCUUUUUACUCCUUUCUCUUUCACUUGAAAAAUCUUAGCGCGCAACACUCCCUAUUACUACUCUUAUAUGUUCAGUGAAAUUUGUGGAGAAUUCUAGCAUUUUGGGGGGAAAAAAGGCGGAAAUGGAAGGAAACCCAGUUCCCAAUAAUGACACGGGCCAAUCCAAGCUCCAGUUAUCUAUAACAUCCCCAGAUCCUGAGCUACCUUCUGAAAAUAUUCAAGAAACCCCAGAUUACAUAAGAAAGAAGUGCAGAAGAGUUCAAAUCGCACCCGUCGAGCUCUUCUCGGAGAAAAGCCCUAAGCUUUCAGAGGAAAAACGGGGAUCAGUUGAGGAAUCUAAGGAUCAAGAGCUCUCAGAAACAAUAAUGGAGCUUAGAGAUGGCUCAUUGAGUAUCAAUGUAGGAGGAAUCAAUGAUUCUGUAGCGUGUGAUGGUAUUGAUUUCCGGAAAGACUGCUUUUUUACGGGCGGUGAUGACAUUAGAACAGAUGUAAGGAUUGGUGAUGGUGAAGGACUUGCAUUGUAUCAGUCUGCUCGAAUUGGAGAUUUUUCUUAUAUAUUUCCGAAGUUAGAGGCGGGAGAAUAUAUUGUUGAUCUUCAUCUUGCAGAGAUUGUGUUCGUUGAUGGGCCUCGAGGGAUGAGAGUCUUCGAUAUCUUCAUUCAAGAAGAGAAGGUUGUUCCAGGCAUAGAUAUAUAUUCACAAGUUGGUUCGAACCAGCCUCUAAUAUUAUCAGAUCUUAGAGCUUAUGUUGUUGGGGAUGAGGGUUUGUCGAUCAGAUUCAAAGGAGUUGUAGGAAAACCUAUUGUUUGCGGUAUUUCAAUAAGAAGAUAUUCUUCUACUGGAGAGGAACUUCAGAGGCAGGAGAUUGAAGAAAAUGCAUCAAUUUCUGUGGAGGAGGAAGAUUUAUCAUCCAACUCGGAAAAUUGCAUUGAAUGUAGGAAGCUCAAACAACGGUACAACUUGCUUUUGAAGGAGCAAUUGGAAGUUAAGAGAUUGUUGGAAGAUUUGAAGAAGGAGAAUGAAUUAAAGAGUAGAGAAUGCCAUGAGGCUUGGACUACACUCCAUGAACUUCAGAUGGAGCUCAUGCGCAAAUCAAUGCAUGUUGGUUCUUUAGCUUUUGCUGUGGAAGGACAAGUGAGGGAGAAAGGUAGGUGGUUUCAAUCUCUAGAAGACUUGAGUGAGAAAUUUAAGAUGUUGAAGAUAGAGCAUGCUAAGCUUUCCGAAGAGGCAUUGGAAUAUAGAAAGUGCCUUUCCGACAUGACACAGAUGGCCAAAACAAUUCAAUCUACUGUUGAUCAUCAUCUAGACAUGAAAAAGGAGUACGAAGGCCUCAAAUUUAUGUAUGCUAAAGAGGCAAAGGAACGAAGGGAUUUGUACAAUAAGGUUAUAGAGCUAAAAGGAAACAUCAGAGUUUUUUGUCGAUGUCGCCCUCUUAACUCGGAAGAAAUAGCAGGAGGGGCUACCAUGGCUGUUGAAUUCGAAUCAGCAAAGGAUGGGGAGCUUACAGUCAAAUCAUCUCACGGAUCAUUCAAGAAAGUUUUCAAGUUUGACUCUGUCUUUAGCCCAGAAGAUGAUCAGGAGAGAGUCUUUGAAAAGACUUCGCCUUUGGUGGUAUCGGUGUUGGAUGGGUUCAAUGUGUGCAUAUUUGCUUAUGGGCAGACCGGGACGGGCAAAACGUUUACCAUGGAAGGAACAGAAGAAGCUCGUGGAGUAAACUUUCGGACUCUUGAAGAACUAUUUCGAGUUAUCAGAGAAAGACAAGGGAUGUUCAAAUAUGAACUUACCGUCAGUGUAUUAGAAGUUUACAAUGAGCAAAUACGUGACUUGCUCCUACAAGAAUCUCAUCCUGGAGUAGCCGCAAAGAGAUUAGAAGUGAGGCAAGUUGCAGAGGGAGUGCAUCAUGUACCUGGACUGGUUGAAGCUAAUGUGAGCAACAUGAGUGAGGUUUGGGAAGUAUUGCAAACAGGCAGCAAAGCAAGAGCAGUUGGAGCAACCAAUGCAAAUGAACAUAGUAGCCGAUCUCACUGCAUUCACUGUGUGAUGGUAAAAGGGGAGAAUCUGGUGAAUGGAGAGUGCACGAAGAGUAAGCUUUGGCUCGUUGAUUUAUCAGGAAGUGAGAGAGUGGCGAAGACUGAUGCUCAAGGAGACCGGCUGAAGGAGGCACAGAGCAUUAACAGAUCCCUUUCAGCUCUCGGUGACGUGAUCUCUGCUCUUGCGACUAAAAGCCCACAUAUUCCCUUCAGGAAUUCAAAACUUACCCACUUGCUUCAAGACUCUUUAGGUGGAGAUUCGAAGACUUUGAUGUUUGUUCAGAUAAGUCCUAAUGAAAACGAUGUAGGCGAAACUCUAUGUUCUCUGAAUUUUGCAAGCAGGGUGAGGGGAAUUGAGCUUGGUCCAGCCAAGAAGCAAGUUGAUGGAUACAAACAAAUGGUUGAGAAGGCGAAGAAUGAUAUCAAGAACAAAGACGGUCAAAUGAAGAAAAUGGAAGAGACCAUUCAUUCUUUAGAAGUAAAGAACAAGGCGAAAGAUCUGAUCAAUAAGAAUCUCCAAGACAAGGUUAAGGAGUUAGAAUCACAGCUACUGAUUGAACGAAAGCUUGCAAGGCAGCACGUAGACAACAAGAUUGCCGAGAACCACCAACAGCAGAAGCAGCAGAAACAAAAGCAACUAGAAACAAAAAACCACAACCAUGUAUCAGAGCUUGGGAAUGUAUCACGACCACAACCGCUGACAGAGAACAACAUUAUCAAGCCAGUGCAGUCAGAUGACAACACACUUGCAGAGAAUAAUAUCCUCAAGAAUUUUCUUUUCCCGAAGGACAAGGAAAAUAAACCAGAGUUUUCGGAAGAACAACCUCAGAGAAAUGCUGGCAGAUUCUCGCUCUUCCAUGCAGUGCCUGAGAUUCCCAUUUUCCCUGCAGCUCGUUGUAACUCGCUGAUCCCACCUUCGAGAAAGGCCAGCAGAGUCUCUCUCGGGCCUGCAGAAACUCAUCCGAGCGUGAACAUGCCAUCAUCACGUCGCAACUCACUGAUUCCUAUACCCGGCAAUGCGACCAUCAAUGUUUUGCAGCUGAUACCUUCGCCAGAUAUCAACACGAAAGGAGAUGGUGCACGUGAAGGAGAGGAUGUAAAUAGCAGUCAGAUGCAAACUACUAGUAGUAGUAAGAAAUUGAAAGGCGUUUUGAGGAGAAGCCUGCAGAAGAAGAAGUGUGGGGUGAGGUCGCCGUUGCCGCAGACUGUGAAGAGGAGAACAGUCGCGGGGUUGGAGAAUGUCAGGGUUUCGAUCGGCGGGAGCGGGAGGAUGGCUCGGAGAGUGAUGGUUAGAGAUGGCGCGAGGGCAGCAGAAAGAGAGAUGCUGCAUAUAGAGAGGAGCUGGAUGCAGAGGACCGACAGCGAGGAACGUUUCCAUGAUUGUUUGGUUUGGUUUCUGUACUAA